AUGGCAGGAAAUGCCAAGAAAUGGUUAAAUUCUUUUCCUAAGGGAAGUCUGACAGGUUGGGAUGACGUUGUGUCAAAGUUUUUGCAGAAGUAUUUCCCUCAAUCAAAAAUAAACAAAGGCAAGCAAGAGAUAUCCUCUAUCCAACAGGAACCUGAAGAGACUUUGAGUCAGACAUGGGAUAGGUUUAAGGGAUUAUUAAGAAAGACUCCCAUACAUGGAUUUGAUGUCCCCACUCAAUUGAACCUGUUCUUAGGAGGUUUAAAAUCUCACACAAAAUUGAUGCUAGAUGCCUCAGCAGGAGGUAACAUUAGGUGGAAGACACCUGAUGAAGCUCAUGAAAUUAUUGAAAAUAUGGCAUCUAGUGACAAUGAUGUUCAAAGUGAGAGAGGACAAAAUCAAAAGAGGGGAAUGUUUAAGUUGCAAUCCCAAGAUGCCUUAUUAGCCCAAAAUAAAAUUAUGACUCAACAGCUUGAGUCUCUGAUGAAAAAGGUAUCACAACUAGAAAUCCAAAAUGUAUCACAGGCACAACAUAUUGUGCAAGGGGUUGAACUGUGUGGUGGAGAGCACCAAAAUGGACAGUGUGCUAUUCUCACCAAUGCUAAGGAAGAGGUCAAUUACAUGGGAAAUCAAAGCCGUCAAGGCAAUUAUGGAAAUUAUAAUCAAGGAUGGAGACCUCAUCCUAGCAUGGGUCAGGCUAGUUCCAGUAGACCACCUCCACAGUUUCAACAACAACCCACUCUUUCUGAUAGGACAUCAAAACUGGAAGAAACUCUUCAACAAUUUAUGCAGAUGUCCAUAUCAAAUCAAAAGAGCACAGAUGCAUCUCUAAGAAAUUUAGAAGUUCAAAUGGGUCAGUUGGCCAAGAAACUGGAAGAGAAGCCUGUUAAUACAUUUGGAGCUAACACUGAACUAAAUCCAAAAGAGCACUGUAAAGCUAUAACAACAAGGAGUGGUAAAGUGUUAGACAGUGUAGUUGUGGGGCAAGAGGAUCAAAAGGAAAAUUUAAAUGAGGAACAGAAAGAUAAAGAAGAAGAAAUGCCCUCUUAUGCUAGAUUCAUGAAAGAUCUGUUGACCAAGAAGAGAAAGUAUAUUGAGGAAGAAACAAUAGAGGUGCAAGGGAAUUGUAGUGCCAUCAUCAAAAAACUUCUACCACCAAAAUUCAAAGACCCUGGAAGUUUUACUAUUCCAUGUACAAUUGGAAAACUCCCUAUUGGAAAAGCAUUGAUAGACUUAGGGGCAAGCAUUAAUUUGAUGCCUUUAUCUAUGUUAAAGAAAAUAGGAGACAUGGAAGUAAAACCAACAAGGAUGACUCUACAAUUAGCAGAUAGGUCUUUAAAAUACCCAUAUGGAGUUAUUGAAGACGUACUGGUGAAAGUUGAUAAGUUUACUUUUCCAGUAGAUUUUGUUAUUCUUGAUAUGGAGGAGGAUACUGAAGUCCCCCUAAUAUUGGGUAGACCUUUCAUGAAAACUGCUAGAGUCAUAAUUGAUGUUGAUGAUGGUCAUUUGAAGGUGAGGCUACAUGAUGAAACAAUAACCUUUAAUGUUGUGGAGGCUAUGCAACAUCCAAAAGAUAAAGGGAACUGUUUCAGAGUUGAAGUACUGGAUGAUGUAGUUGAGACUGUAAAAAAUCAGAUGUAUGUGAAAUCCCCUUUAGAGCGUGUAUUGGUUGAUGCUUGUGAAGAGCUUACUGUUGAAGAAGAAUCUGAAGUGGAAGAGAUUUCACAACAUCUAGAAAAAUUAAAAGAAGAGAAUUCCACUGAUGUGAGAGUGGAAAAAUUGGAAAAGGUUGACUUGGAUGAUCAGGAAAAAAUGGAAUUAAAAGUGCUUCCUGAUCAUCUCAAGUAUGUGUUUUUAGAAGAAAAUUCUAAGAAGCCUGUGAUCAUAAGCAAUUCUUGA